AUGGCAUGUUCGGAAGGGCAAAAAGUUGCUUUUGGUACAUACACUCUAGUGGAAGAAGCUGAGUAUUGGUGGGAGAAUACUUGCCAAUGCCUAGAUGUUGAAGGUCAAGAUGUGACCUGGGAUGUCUUCAAGAGGGUAUUCUUGGAGAAAUACUUUCCUGAGGAUGUUAGGAACAAGAAAGAGAUGGAGUUCUUAGAGCUCAAGCAGGGAAACAUGACUGUAGCUGAGUAUGCAGCCAAGUUUGAAGAGUUGGUGUGGUACUUUCCUCAUUAUCAAGGGAGGGAUGGUGAAAGCUCCAAAUGUGUGAAGUUUCUGAAUGGCUUGCGACCUGAAGUGAAGCAAGCUGUGAAUUACCAGGGUGUUCGUCAGUUUCCACUCUUGGUUAACAUGUGUCAGAUUUGGGAUGAAGACUCUCGAGAUAGGGCGAACUACUAUAGGAGUAUAGGUCCGAUGAAGAACAAAAAGAAUGGACCUGAACAUCGGGGAAAGCCGUACUCGAACCCUCUUAAGCAAUAUGGUAACCGCCCCAACAAUCAGAAGAUUGUUACUAUGGGAUUUGCGGGGGGUAGUGGUAGCAAACCUAAUACUUUCCCCACUCAGAUCACUUGCUACAGAUGUAGAAAGCCAGGGCACAUCUCCUCAAAUUGUCCAGAUAAAGAUAUAAACUAUUUUAAUUGUAGACAAAAGGGGCAUAUUCAGAGAGAUUGUCCACAUCCCAAAAAGGAGCAUAAUGGUGGAGGUCUGAAUUACCAAACUGGACAUCCGAGGGCCACGGGAAGAGUCUUUACCCUUAAUGGUACUAAAGCUUCGAAAUCCAAGGAUAUGAUGUUUAUCUCUGCCAACCAAGUUGUGACAUCUUUAAAAGAAGAUGGUCAAGUGUACAUGAUCUUGUCUAAUCUAGCGACAGAGACAAAGGUUUUCAUGGGUGACCUCCCUGUUGUCAAAGAGUUUCUUGAAGUGUUUCCUGAGGAUAUAUCUGGUCUGCCACCCGAGAGAGAGAUAGAGUUUUCCAUAGACCUAGUACCUGGUGCUGGACCCGUAUCUAUAGCCCCUUAUAGGAUGUCUCCUAUAGAGUUAACCAAGCUUAAGAAACAGUUAGAGGAUUUGUUGGAGAAGCGAUUCAAUUAG